CACUGAUGAUGCUGCACUGAUAUGCGGCACUGAUGGACACUGAUAGGUGGCACUGAUGGGUGACAGUGACUGGCAGCACUGACUGAUGGCACUGACUGGAGGCACUGCUGGGUGCUGAUAGGCAGCACUGAUGGGCGGCACUGAUGGGCAGCACUGAUGGGUGGCACUGAUAGGGGGCAUUUAUGGGUGGCACUGCUGGCACUGAUGGGAGGCACUGCUGGGGGCACUGCUGGGCACUGGUGGGUGGCACUGCUGGGCACUGAUGGGAGGCACUUCUGGGCAUUGGUGGGUGGCACUGCUGGGCGGCACUGCAGGUUACUGAUCAUCAGUGCCCGAUGAUCAGUGCCGAUCUCCCCUGUGACAGCUGACGGGAAAAGCUGCAGCUGGAGCUACUGG